CGUGCUGCGUUAUUAUUCCUAAUUAUUCAAAUUAAUGGUAAUUUUAACUUCAGUUAAAAGUGAUAGAAACUAAAAUAAUUUAAUAAUUAAAACAAUGCAUAAUAAUUGAUAAACACAAUCGGCAGCGAUCUUAUCAGCGAUAAGGAGCAAUUAUAUGGCUGAAAUUGGCCACAGCACGUUACUGAAGUACUUCAUCGACACAUCAAAAAUGUCAGAUUUAAAAAGCGAAAACAUCAAAUCAAAUGUACCAGGAGAACAGGAGUUACGAGGAGUUUCAGCAACCGAUGUUGAACCUAAUGAUGAAAGCAAUAGAGAUGAUUUCGUUCUGACGCCAGUUAUGAAUAUCACAAAGGAAGAAAUGUCCUGGACUAAAGGGGGGGUGAAACUGCAAAAGAACGAAUCAACAAGAGUGGACACAACAAUGAGUGAAACAACAGGAGUCAACAUAUUACAUUCUGAAACUAGGGAAGUUCAUGUUACUAUGACGUCAGAGGAUUUAAAAGCUAAAAGUACUCAAGAUAAGGAUACUGGUACAAAAGCAGGAGACAGUGAACAUGACGAUCCGAAAAAAACAACUAAAAUACCAAAAUUCAAAUUAAGACGGGCGUUUGAUAAGAUCAGGAGAGAGGAACAAAUGGCAAACGAGAAAGUGGUUCACGAGCCAUAUCUUGGAAUGAAAGUGCGGUCUGCUAUACCUCGCUUGAAAGAUGCAAAACAUCUGCAAAACACUCAAGAUGACUUAACAAAGAACGAUGAUAAUCAAACUGAAAAAUCACCGAAGUUAGACGAUGAAUUUGAUAAACUUUAUGAAGAAACUAUAGAAAUGGAUCCGUUGAAUAAUGACAGACCAGUGUCUGAACAAUUUGACGAACUAACUCGAAUGGAAACAAAGUUUGAGGAAACGGUUCACUCGUAUGAUAAUAAUAAAGUUCAACAAGUUGUCACAGAGAAAGUUAAAAGUAAAAUACCAUUACUUAAACGUAAGAGUGAGCAAGAAAUUGAAGUUCGACAGCAAACUAACAGAAGAAGCUCACUGAAAAAGAGCCUUUCUAUCGAAGACACUAAAGGUAAAAUUCCUGUGGCAGCAACAAAAGAGAAAACAAUAAAAACAGAUGUAGAAAAAUCCAAGAUUAUAAAAAAUAAAGCAUCAUCUGAAAGUUACUCCACAUUAACGAAAUCUGAAACUGUUUCCGCAACAAAAGUGAAAGCUUCGGAAAGUGUUACGAAAACUCUCACAACUCAAAUAAGUACUAAAGAAGUAAGUGUUUCGUCAAAAGAAAGUGUUCAAAUGGAACAAAACACCAUAUCUAAGGAUGAGCUUAAAUGUAACAUUCCUGUUUCACAAUAUACACACGAAAAAUAUGAAACAAAUGUAUCUAACAACACUGAAAAGGUUUCAGAACAAGUGACAACUGGAAUAGAAACAGAAUUUAUUGAUGGCAAAAGUGUAGAAAAUUAUAUAGACAAUAUAAAAACUAAAAAUGAAAGUGAAUCAGAAGUGAAAACAACGCAAAACGUUAGCUCAAAAGUGUCUACUUCAAUAAGUGAAGAUAAUUCGUUGGAUAAAUCUUCAAAUACAACACAAAAUAUUGCCGUUAAAGCAACUACUGAUAGCACUAAAGUGACAGAAAUUACAAAAAUCAAUAUCGAAAUUCAAAACCAAAAUACAGAUGAAAUAAAAGAAACUAUUAAAGUAGCCACUCUGAAAUAUGAUAACUCCCUUGAAUCUGAAUCUACAUCAACAUUAGAAAGUAAUAAAACAAUACCUUUGAACAAAAACAGUGCUGAUGAAGGUACUAUUAAUGAAACUUGCAAUAUUACAAUAAAGGAACGUCAAACAUUAUCAUCUAUUUCAUCAAAUGCAAUUAAAAUAUCAACUACGACAGAAAACAAAACAUUCGUUGAAGAAAAUUAUAAAGCUCAAAAGUAUUUAGAUACGAAUAAAACUGCCAUAGAUAUAGUUAAUGGUAAAACAAAUGAAAUCAAGAGAGAACAAAACAAUCUAAAAGAAAAAGAAGUUAUCAAUACUGUACCAGAAUUUGAAAGUAUAAAGAAAUGUAAGGAUAAUUUAACUGAAGGUUUCAAUGUAAGCAAUAAUCAACAACGCGAUAUCACGCUAACUAACUCAACGUCAGUUGAAUCAACAAUAAACACUAAUGAUAUUAUAAAUAAACACACUAUUGCUCAAGAAACGACUACAGAAAUAAUCCAAGUUCAAAACACACAAGAUGAAAAAGAUUUAGCGGUUAUUGAUAAAGAAAAAAUAGAUAAUAAAGACAAGACCGCAGUAACGCCAAAAGAAACAAAUGAAAAACAAACAGCCAAUGUUUUAGAAGGCAAUCAUAUAAAUAAUAAAGGCUUACACGAAAAUAGUGAAAUUAAAUUUGAAAAAAAUUUAGUUGAUAACAAAGUUACAAUAGAAGAAAAUGGUAAUGAUAAGAAAUCCCUAACAGAUCUAUCGUCGCAAAUUAAAAACAUUGAUGAUUUAGAAGAAGAAGAUAUUAUAAUAUUAAAAGGAAAAGUUAAUAGAAUUAUAAGUAGGUUAGAUUCACGGGAACAACAAAUAAUCAAAACUGAAGUGGACGAUAUUCCUACGGGUGUUUGUGUGACAUCGAAAAUAGAUAGUUUUGAAAAAACCAGAACGCUCGCUCGCGAUGAAAUUGCAAAUAAUUUUGAGACAAAGACUAACACUAAUAGGGCAGACAAACCAAAGAUUGUUGAUGAAAUUUUAAAAACACCUGAUAAUGGUUUAGAUAUUAAUCGUAACAAACAAAACACUGAUACAGUUGACGAUGGCAUAAUUGACACAACAAAAUAUAAUAUCAAAAACUCUAAAGAAUUAACAAAUGACUUUAAUAACAGUCCUUUCGAUUAUAGUAAUGCCUUACAUAAUGAUAAAUUUCAAAGUAAUUACUACGCUCUGUACAGCAAAGUUCACAGUUCAAUUGUCAAUCGUCUAAACAGUAUUGAAAAAAAAAUCAAACAAAGUGAAGUUAGUGAAAAAACUGAAAAACAAUAUGAAACAAUAAACGAAUCUAAUAUUGUCGAAGAAAACAAUGAUGGUUAUAAAAAUAAUAGUCCUAAAAAUUUGAAAGAAACGAAAAGUGUAUCUGAACCUAAUUUCUUUAGUAAUAAAGUUGCAAAAUCAACUGACGAUGGAGUAUUUACAAAGAAGGAACCAGUUGAAAAAGUUGAUAUGUUUAAAGAGUAUAGGGUUAAAGAUAUUGAUUCAGAUCAACGAACUAAAUCCCUAGCUGAAUUGGACCUAGGUGACUCUGUGCGAGGGAGAGUUAAGAGGAUGGUGUACAGGAUAAAUUCGAUGGAGAAAAUGCGUUUGAUGAGAAGCGAUACAGUGGAAAGGAAAGAGAGAUUGAGAAAAAUAUCAAUAACAGAUAGAGUGGCGUUGUUCGAGAAAAAAAUCGUACCCAUAUACACAGAUGAAGCAUCUACACAGCGAACAGCACCAAAACCUAACACCACGACCGUCGAAGCCCUUAGCGAUGAGAAGCUGCAAGAGAAGAUUGCGGAAUUCACGAAUGCUAAGAUUAAAUAUGGAAAAUUUGACAAUAUGACCUCGAUCGAGCUCGGAGAUGGAUCAGCUAUGCCUGUUAUUGCAGUUGGCACAGCUUUGCUGGAACCAAAGUUGAUCAAACAUAUAAUAGGCGCUGCGAUCGAUCUCGGCUACCGCGCCAUAGACACCGCAUUCAUCUACGGAAACGAGAAACUAAUAGGCGAGGCGAUACAGGCUAAAAUAAACGACGGAACUGUAAGACGUGACGAGUUGUACAUAAUGGCCAAGCUGUGGAGUACGUUUCAUCGGCAUGACCUGGUGUUGAAGGCCUGCAAGCAGUCCUUGGAAAUAAUGGGGUUGGAGUACUUCGACCUUUACUUAAUACACAAUCCUAUGUCGCUUAAGGAGGGUGACAACCCUUUACCAAAAAUCGCGAAUGUUCUCCAAUACUCCGAGCACGAUUACCUCGAUGCCUGGUACGGUAUCGAGGACCUGAUACAACAGGGUUUCGUGAAAAGCGGGGGAGUGAGCAACUUUAACUCUGUGCAAGUUGAGAAAGUUUUGGACAAGGGGAAGAUUAAGCCAGUUAUAAAUCAGGUCGAAAGUCAUCCAUACUUGACACAACAACGCUUGGACGAAUUCUGUACGACUCGCAAUGUCAAGCUAAGCUGCUUCGGUGUGUUGGGCUCUAAGGGGAUACCAUUGGAACUGAAGAGUGAUUUACCACCAGUUAUAGAUGAUCCUUUAGUUAAGGUCAUGUCUGCGGGAUUGGGGAUCAAGCCAAGCCAGCUGCUUAUAGCAUAUCAAAAACAAGCGGGCCGCAAUGUAGUCGUUAAAUCAACUAGCGCUACUCACUUGUGGGAUAAUUUACAAGCGCUGAACUUGAAACUGGAUGAGUCCAAUAUUACGGCGCUUAACGCCCUCAACAGGAACAAGCGUACAUUCACAUUUGUGGGAAUGGGAGAGACUCACAAGAACUAUCCUUUUAAUAUACCUUUUUAAUUAUUAAUAGUUCUUGACAAAAGUGACGAGCCGAAUUCGAGCCAUUUUUUACGUCAUUUUGACAUUUUUUUUUCUAGUUUAAGUUCAUUUUUCUCUAUAGAAGAUAAGAUAGAAUAAGAUGAUACGAUAUUUCAAUUGAAAUAUUUUUUUGUAGUAACUUUUUGUCGUAUUUUUAGUAAUAUUUACUCGUUAAUGGAAGAGAGCGAAUUCUGAUGAACAAAAUGUCUUAAAAGUGUGUGACUUGACUAACCACCUAUGUUAUUUUCAUAAGCAAUUUGUAGUAGAAUUCAAAGUAAAAAAGUACGUUUGUCAUGACGUCUUUAGUUUAGUAGUAAUUGUGUAAAAUUCCAUUAUUUCGGAAUAUAUUUUAUAAAUGACAAAAAGCGCAUUACGCGCUUUUGAAUUGCAUUUUGACAUUUUACUUUUUUAUAAUUAUGUUUUUUUAAUCCAUUUACCGAGUUCGAUGAAUUAUGCAUUAUUCCAUAACAAUUUUUUUUAAUAUUAAGUAUUUUGAUAAAUGAUUAUUGAUAAUUUGUGAAACUUUUGACACAUUAGCCAAAUGUGUGAUUAGGAAUAAUUUUGUGUACUUAGUUUUAAUUCCAGUAUUAUUUUUAAUGUACUCAAUGGAAUGAAUAAUAAUUCCUAGUGUAAGUUAAUUUUUUAUUUUUGAUCAUGUAUU